GGAGAGAUCAUGCUGAAAGGUCAAAUCGGACAGUCACAAUCAUUCUCUUUUUGGACUUGUUCAUUGCCUUUUCUUCAUUUUUUUAUGCCUUUAUGUUUGACGAUAUACUAUCCGCUGUAGAGCAGGAGAUAGCAAUAGAAGGGCCCCAAGGGUGUGACCUUGAUCUCUUAUGGGAAUUUGUCGCCACGGCCUUGGAGCGGCAGAUUCAGACCAUGCAACCCCACACCGAUCGCAAACCGAUCCUCGAUAAUAAAUACAAAGCUUUCCUAUGGCAGUACUUGCGUCAAUUCCAGCUCAUUAAGUUUAUACUGUCCGACGACCCUUCGACCUAUUUAAAUUUAUCCACAGCAGCUUACGACGACGUAUGCCAGCAAUACGGAUCAAAGCUCCGAAUUGUUGCUACAGUUGAAAGCCGAAAAAAGUUGCUUUUAACAGGCUUAAAAGCAGAUCAUACCCUGACUUCAGGUCAAGAACCAGUCCUCGAAGCCGUACUUCGGGCGCGGCAUCGAGGUAUCAACCAAAUGCAGCUGGCCGAAGAGUUGAAUAUGGAUCCUCGAAGUGUAUCUCACUAUACUAAACGCUUGCACGCUGCCGGAUUAAUCGACAGACGAUCCGAGGUGUUCAAACGCAACUUGACCAUCCUGCUACGUCAUACCAUGUUUGCCGCAGAGUCAACUGCGGCCGGAGAGAUGCCCACUUCUUUGAGGACUGAGGCCGCUCCACACCCUUCCGGAACCCCUAUUAAUCCCGAUGAAGCUCUGAAAUCGCUUACCAAACUUUUAUCGGAAGCAAAAGACAAUAUCAUGUAUUUGCAAGAUCUGGUCUCACUCAUGGGAUUUAACACCGAGAAAGAAAUUCGAUGGUGCCGUUCUUUCAUCGCCAAAUUGCAUGCAAAAAAUUACGUCGAAAAGCUCAAAGUGUAUUCGGAAAAAAAACGCGUCCACGCCGUAAGGCUCGUUGCGAACAGGGAAGACAUGGAAGGGGUCAGCACACCUGCAACUGAGGGCACUCCUUCUGAGAUGUCCGAAACGACCAUGCCCGUCGCCUCUGUUACUCCGACCAUUCCGAUUCAAAGUUCGUUGGUUGUUGACCAGUCAAUGGCUUAUCUCAUCUACCAAGCCAUUGUCAAUGCACGUGAAUGUGGCGCUACUCGCAAUGAUAUCCAUCAGCAGCUGCCGGCGAUCCCAAAACGGUUUGUGGUCCGAUGCUUGGAGCGACUUGUUCUACCGGGAUGGAAAGCGUACCACGAGAGUAAAGGCGAAUCGGUUGACAUUAACAGUGCCACCACCACAUCAACAGAAGAAGACCUGCAGUACGAAGAACCUUCAAAUAUAUAUUAUCUCGUAUCAGAGUCGCCAGAGACUCGAUACGGAAAACGAAAAACGCCCGCCACAUCCGAAUCCUCCUCUGCACCCAAGAAAAAAUCAAAGACAUCGCGACAAAAGUCGCAAAAGCUUGCGUCUACUACGACUACCGAAACUAUGCCCGACUCAUCCACGGACACGCAAACUUCCAAGCGGGUCUCCACGCGUGCCAUGUCCAAACCAGGAAAGACGAUAUUGCCUGCAGCAUCGUCUGCCACCGCGCAAAAAGAUACCUCAAACGAAACAGUCCCACCUGCCACGACCACGACCACGAACACAGAACUUCCUAAGCCCGCCACAACACGGGCUAGGGCAAAAAAGGUAGAGCCUAUCAAGGAAACAAUAACUCCUACUACGACCACGCAAGCAGAAUCUUCCAGGAAGAGACCGACACGUGCAGCCUUUAAAAAGGCUCAGGAAAUACUUCACAACUUCGUAUCCCCGGCCGAUAACCAACCACCAGCGGCCAAACGUCGUGAAUCCCCCGAACACAGUGAAGCCAAUGAACUCGCUACCUACACCUCCCAAAAGAAACCAAAGUUAACCGUAAAGAAUGCCAGGCCAAUUGCCCAUGUCACAAUAUCUGCACCGUCGCCUCAACAAAUCGCUUCGAGUUCAUCGGCUCCUAGUUCGGUCGGACCCGCCACAGCAUCAUCAUCGGCAAGACCUAAAAAGGAACGUCCAAGAGCUGUGAAUGUGACGGUAGAAAAGCGACGAAAGCAUUUGACCGAUAUUGUCCUUCGAGACAGGAUUCGUGAUCUGAAUGAGAGUCUUAAUGAUGAAAUGACCGAUUUAAUGUACGGAAAGGCCGAUACCAAAUGUAGGUUGGCGCGCAAAACGCUGCAGCGGGACAGCGAGGUAUUGCACGAAGCGAAAACAAUCAAGCUUAUCAAAGUGAUGGCGAGUUCAUUAACUGGCAACGAAGAAAUGAGAAUAUUAUUGAUGCACCCCGAAUUGAACGAAGACGAUCAAGAAGUUCAAGACUACCUAGAACAAUCGGGAAAAGCGGUCCACAUGGAAGGCAAGAAACACCGCGUGCUCAAGGUACUUCCAACCGCCGAGGUGGAACGGUUGAUCGACAGACAACCGUCCGUCAAACAGCUGGAACAUUAUAGUCAUAAUGGUUAUUGCGCUCCAAAGAAAUUUUGGCGAUCGGUGGCCCUGCAAUUUGGAUGGAUUCAGUCAAAAUGGUUGCGCGCCAAAGAGUUGCAUCUUUACAUGACGAGUGAAGCGGAAGAGACUGUGACAGCCGGGGGAGAAACGCAACGAACCAUCAAUGUACGCGACAAACUUUUCGAUAUACCACUCAGUCUCUAUUGCAAACUAUUUGGCAUCUUUACCUUUAGCAAUGUGCUGGAAAAGUUUCUUCAGGAUGAAAACAACCGCCACACCCGGCUUGGCGAUUUGCCGGACGAACUUCGGCAAAUCGUUAUCUUCAAGCAGUAUAAGUUGCGACGCAAUCUACUCCUGCUCGUUGAUUCGUUGGUGGCGCUCGAAUUAAUCGAACCAGUGGCGGAAGAGCCAGCGUUAUUGGCGUCACCAGACAACAUUAGCGUCACUUACCAUCUCUGCGACACGGGAAAAAUCCGUAACUUUGCCGCUCCUGCAAGGCCUGUUCUUCAAGAAAUGCCUAUUACCACGAGAGAGCAAGUGAUGUCUUUUUGGGAAGAGUUGCAGUACACAUGUACUUGCGUGCAUACCACCCAUACGUUGAUGAAUCGGAAAGGUCCGUCCGAUGCUCUUAGCAGUAUUAGCACACCUCACACUUGGCAUGUGGGGUCGCUAUUCACGCCAGCGCAGAAACAAAUUUUGGAUGCUCACGUCGAUAAUGUGCGUGGGGAGACACCGAGCCGAUAUUUCCAACUGCUUACUCGUCUUUCACGAGAGACCGGAAUUUCUGCGAACCGCAUUCGACGGUAUUAUCUGUCUAUUGAGAAAGGCUUUGAGCGACGAAAGCAGGCGCAAGAACAGCCAGUGGUGCUGAAACGAGGAAACCGAAGCGAUCAACAACCACCCGCGAUCAAAGCCUUGUUGAAAGCGUCCUCCAAUCAACGGACCGUACCUAAAGCGAAAAUUCGUCGCAAACUGUUCCCAUUCAAGAAAUCCACCUUUGUGGCAAGUCGAGAUGCCCUCAACCUCCGAUCUCGCCGAGACGUCCUCGACCCAACGGCCAAACCAGUGACGCGACCGAAAAAUCCGUUCAACGAUAUCGAGCAAGAUUUGCUGUUGUAUGCCAUGGCCAUUCAAAAACACCGAAGUCAGGGUGUAAAAUUCUUUUGGGCGCCCGUGGCUGAAGCUAUUCCUGGUCGCAGCGCCGAGUAUUGUCGACGAUCGAUAGCACCGAUCAUGCGAAAGGUGCCUCAUUUUCUAGACGAUGUCAACCGUUUAAGCGUGCAAUGGGGCGAAAUUUAUCGCCAAGGCAUAGCCAAAGGCGAUAUUGAAGAUGAAAGGCCAUGGGAUAAUCGCCAUUACGAUUUACCCGCCUAUUUGGAAUACUUUUUAACCAAACUUAAGGAGCAACCCGAAGAUCGAACACAGAUAUUACAUUUACCAUCGGAUGUCCAAACGGUGACCAAUGCAUUCCACAUUCAAAAAUUGACGGAAGAAUCUGGUCAUCCCUCCCCGUGCCUGUUGGCUAAUAAAACCGAUCUGUUUGAUUGGCACAUUUCCUCUGUAAACGACCAAGUGCUUCUUGCGACGGUAGUGAUCAAGAUGAUGAUGAUCACGCCGGCCGAGUCGUACGAUCCGGAUCGCGCUGCCUUACUUCUUCGCUUUUUUCCAAAGGAAAUCGUAGACGAAGCAGUGAAAUUACUACGUGAUAAUGGAAGCAUCGUCUAUUGGAAAUUGGGAAAGGACAAACGUGUUCCCGGCCGAACUUUUACUGUGUCGGAACGGUUUUUGAUGGCUUUCGAUAGCUUGCUGCCACCACAAUUGUAUCAGACGGCUGCUCAGUUUCAGCGGCAUGCAGUUGAUGGCCAAGUCAUUGAUCUCGACAAAUUGGACAGCGGUAUUGUAGCUUCCACAUUAAAUAUGCUAUCCAAUGGCAAUAUUACUCUCGACUUUACAGACAGAGAACGGUACUUGACGCUACGGCGGAAAUUGUACUAUCCAAAAAAAGCAUACACUGUUGCUCGUUAUCUUUGGAUCAAUGAUGAAUUCCAUAUUCGGAUGCAGAUCAAUCACGAGAUGCAAAUACCCGCGGCACCGGAAAAUCACCCGUCGCUGGAGCUGCUUACUCCUGGCCAGACGAGCCAUGUAGCUAAAAAAGUUUAUGGCAACAAGUCAAAAGUGAAAUUCGUUUACGAAGCGUUGGAUCAUUUUGGAGACAAGGGUGCCAAUUUUCAUGAGAUCAAGAAUUAUGUGCUUGCGAAACAUGCCAUUUCUUUGGAUGACGAGGAGCUUUAUCACGCGCUUCGCGACCUUUCGAGUGGAACGUGUCCUGUGGCGUGUGAUAUAGGGUAUACGAAUCAAAGAUGGGUGUUGUCGCAUCAUGCAAGCCAAUGGAUGGUGAAAAUUCGUGGAGAGACAAAGUAUGUUCAGCCGCGCAUGUGGUAUGAUAUCCAGGGACAUGUUAUCAGCAAAGUUCUGCGUGGAUGCUGUGAAGCGAUUCUUGGGCAUAUUGUCUUGAAUCCUGGUAUUAGUCACGCCAGAUUGCUUGAGAAUUUCACCGGCUUCUUAGCACCCAUCGAGUUGCGAGAUCUCCUAGACUAUUUACGGGGCAUGAAAGCCAUCCGAUCACAGUCGAUAGUGCAGCAUGGAAAAGUAUCCUUGUUUUCGCGUAUCGGAUUCUCCAACACCGGCAUUUGUACAAUGGAAAAGACGAAAAGCACGCAUUAUUGGGCAACCAAAAAUUACUAUAUGUGGGCAGAUGGAGUGUCACAGACUUAAUGCCCGAGCUGAUUUUUGAACCAUGGCCAUGAAAUCAAAAAAAAAAAAAAAAAAACGAAAAAAAAACGGCCAAGCA